AUGCUGGGGCUGGUGUUCCUCUGUACGGUGGUCCUGAUGUGCUGUCAGGACCGUGUUGCGGGAGAUAAUGCGUUCAUUGAUAGCGCUCCCGAAGGAUACUACGAACGAACGUCACUAACUGAUUGUCCCAGUCGGUUCUACAGUGAGGAUGUGUCCAGUGCGUUGGGAUUUUUCAUCUACGGCGGAGGUCGAGCGUACCUCAGUGAGUUUCCUCACAUGGCCGCGAUCGGGUGGACGACACAAAACGCGGCGGUUCCGCGUACAGUCGAGUAUAAAUGCGGUGGAUCGUUAAUUGCGGCAAAGUGGGUGCUAACUGCCGCUCACUGUGGACAGGAUGAGAACAGGAUCGCUCCCGACACGGUACGUCUCGGUGAUACGGAUCUGGCCACGACGGCCGAUGACGCUAGCGCCCAACAGUUCACCAUCGUGAGCUUCACGGUGCACGAUAAGUACAAGAAGAGCAAAAAGUACUACGACAUUGCGCUGAUCGAGCUGGACCACGAGGCAAAGUUCACGCUGGCCGUGUGUCCGAUUUGUCUGUGGCCGUUGGACAAUUUGCAAGACUUCAGUGCAAGCCUGCGAGCGGUUGGUUUUGGGCAUACUUCGUAUGGAUCCGGAAUGAGUCCCGUGUUGCAGAAGGUAUCACUCAACUACUACGACUCCGAAUCGUGCAACAACGAGCUACCGAGACCGAAGUUCUUCAAGGACGGUCUAACGCAGGAUCAGUUCUGUACGAAAACUCCAAACAAAGAUGCCUGCCUCGGGGACUCGGGUGGCCCACUGCAGAUCGAUCUGUCCGAUGUGUCGCGAGUCAUACCGUACCUGACGGGUGUGGUCUCGUUCGGGACAGGAUGUUGGGAUGGUUCGUUCGGGGUGUACACCAAAGUGUCCAGCUACAUCGACUGGAUCCGGCAGAGGGUGAACGUGACGGUCGAUCCGAUCGAGUGUGCCCGGAACUCCGAGUGCCUGCGAUCGAGACCGUUCUCCGACAGCCGCCUGAGUCCUCAGAACAAUUCUCCAUUCUUCAAGGUGAACCUUCGAAAGCCUGAUAAUAGUUCGUUUCACCAGUGCAGUGGAGCCUUGAUAGACUACCGUCAUGUUGUAACCUCGGCUACGUGCGCCACCCGAAACAAUCAGCGGCCAGCCUUCGUCGAGGCCAACAACAAUCUGAUCGAGAUCGUCGAUAUCGAUCUACACCCGCAGUACGUCCCGGGCAAGAGCUACAACAACCUGGCGGUCCUCACGCUCGGCAAGUUCUACAAUCCCAACAAGAUCUACCAGAUCAUCGCUCCGGCCUGCAUGUGGAAGGAAGAUCGCAUUACCGAUUUGGUAAUGUUUUUCUCCGGCUACGGCCCGGAAGUGAAGGACGAUCCGAAGGAAAAGGCGAACAAUGUGUCGCUCAAAAUUUUGGUAGCCCUGCUAACGGAAAAUGGACGCUGUGAGGCGAACGACGUGCGGAAGGUGAACGGCACCAGUCUUGCGGGGGGCUUUAACAGUGAUUUUCUCUGCACGCACAAUCCCAUCGAUUUGGUACCCGGAAUAUGCAAGCUCGAACCAGGCGGCGCUGUAUCCAACUUCCGGCGGGAUGCCAUCGUUCCGUACGUCUACGGAAUCAACGCGCUCGACGAGGGUCCUUGUGGUGGGUCACAGAACCCCUUUGUUGCUACCCGCCUGGCGCCGUCCUACAACUGGAUUGAGUCGAUCGUGCUCAACCGAACGAUCGAGGAUAUUCCUGGAACAAUCAUUGUACGACUGGGCGAAGACGACCCACCAAACGCGGGUUCAUCGUACUACAGUAGCACUGGCCAUGCUGGGGAUCACUUGGUUCCUCUGCUACUUUCAGAUGUACUAACUAACCAUAUUAGACCGUACGGAGAUGACCUUCUUCGCAGACCGUCUGGUGCUACCGUGCAAGUCUAUCAUCAGUCAUUGAAGAAUACGCCGGAUACGUACAAAAUUUAUGGACCUCACAUUGGUCUUCCACUUGGGCAGAAGGUCAACCCACUGCUACCAGCUACUCAUGUGGCUCCCGUAAGAACAGUGAGUGCUACCCGCCCGAUGGACCACCAGAUCGAGAUCGUUCCGUCGAUAGAACUACCUGGGUUAGGGCAUGUGAUCAACUACCAACCGUUUCCGGUACAGCAGCAGUACCAGAGGACACCAGCUUUUCACCAGCAAGUGCAUCCUUAUCAUCAGCAGCAACAUCGGCAUGGGGUACCUCACCAAUCGAUCGUGGAUCACAACCAACUUGUGUCGAUCAUCCGAUCUGUGGAGCUGCACGAGAACGGUCACUGCACGCUGCCGACUGGAGCCCUUGGUCGCUGUCUGCACUAUACGCGCUGUCCUUCGAUGUACUGGAAUACCCAGAACGUGGCCGCCUACGUUCGCCUAGGCUUGGUUCCCUUUUGCAACCAACAGCAGCAGAUCAUUUGCUGCCAGGUACAGUGA